GCAGAGGUUGUUACUAAUGGGGAUCACACUGUCCGGCCUGCAUGGUCUGUACUAACAGGAGCCUGCCAUCCCCAUUCCUUCGCAGCUCCUGCUGCCUGGGCACAAAUGCCCUGGAGAGUGAGUGACUGUCAGACCAGCCGGAGGGGAGCAAUGGGAAGAGCCACUUGCUGAGAAGAGGUGGGCUUGGCAGGACUGCAGAUGGAGUACUCUCCCCAGCCCCCUGCAGGUGCUGGUCUAAGCCAAGCUGGGAGGAUGGAGGCCGGCCCUGGCCCAACCCCAGGCAAGGGAGGAGCCUCGGCCCAGAUGGGGCAGGUGGGGAGCCUGGGCUCAGGUGUGUCCUGUGGGAAGUGAUUGCUCCCUGGCUAGCAGAGACAGAGGAAAGCGGAUUGUUGGCCCCAGGACCCAGCUCUGAGAGGCUGGGCUUGUUUCCCUGACUCUGCCUUGGAGGAAAGCAAUGGAAGGGGAAGGGGUAAGAAACUUCAAGGAACUUCGAGCCAAAUUUCAAAAUCUUGAUGCUCCACCUCUUCUAGGACCUAUUAAAUUCCCAGCAGGUGUUUCUCCAAAGGGUGACAUUGGAGGCACACAGUCAACUCAAAUUUUGGCCAAUGGGAAACCCCUCUCAUCCAACCACAAGCAGCGCACACCAUACUGUUCCAGUAGUGAGUCCCAGGCUCUUCAACCUGAGAAAAUAAAGUUGGCUCAGAAAAGUGAAAUUCCAAAAUGUUCUAACUCCCCAGGGCCUCUGGGAAAGUCUACUGUAUGUUCUGCAGCAAGUUCACAGAAGGCUUCUCUGCUGUUAGAGGUGACUCAGUCAAAUGUUGAGAUAACCACUAAGGAAAAAGUAAUGGUGGCCAAUAGCUUCAGAAACAAACUCUGGAACUGGGAGAAGGUUUCAUCUCAGAAAAGUGAAAUGUCAUCAGCCCUUCUCCUUGCCAACUGUGGAAGUAAGGCCAUCCAUCUGGAAGGGCAAAAAGGCAUGGGGCUUACUCCAGAGGAACCCAGGAAAAAGCUGGAAACAAAAGGAGCCCAGACUCUUCCUUCCCAGAAGCACGUGGUGGCCCCCAAAAUAUUAUGUAACGUCUCUGAAGAUCCCUCUUUUGUAAUUUCUCCACGUAUCCGAAAGAGCUGGGAAAACCCACCUCCUGAGAGGAGCCCGGCAAGCAGCCCCUGCCAGCCCAUCUAUGAGUGUGAGCUUGCCAGUCAGGCCCCAGAAAAACAGCCAGAUGUCAGGCAACACCACCUUCCCAAAACAAAGCCAUUGCCCUCCAUCGACUCCCUGGGUCCUCCUCCCCCAAAGCCUUCGAGACCUCCCAUCGUGAACCUCCAGGCCUUUCAGAGGCAGCCAGCUGCUGUUCCCAAGACUCAAGGGGAAGUGACUGUGGAAGAGGGCUCCCUGUCUCCAGAGAGGCUUUUCAAUGCAGAAUUUGAAGAACCACAUAAUUAUGAGGCAACAAUUUCAUAUCUGAGACACUCUGGCAACUCCAUUAACCUGUGCACUGCAGAAGAAAUUGCUGAUCCAACUUAUGAAGUUGGAAUUGAAGAACUCCAGAAGCCUGGGAAGAAUUUUCCGUAUCCAGAACCUAGUGCUAAACAUGAAGAUAAAAAAAUGAAGGAAAAACAACCAUGUGAAUUGGAACCUAAAAACACAGAAAAGGAACCAUAUUCAAACCAUGUUUUCAAGGUAGAUGCCUGUGAAGGGACACCUGAAAAAAUUCAGAUGACCAACGUCCACACAGGUAGAAGGAACAUGUUGGCUGGAAAGCAAGAGGCCAUGAUUGACAUCAUCCAGACAAAUCCCUGCCCUGAGGGCCCAAAGCUGGCCAGGCACUCCCAAGGCCACUGUGGGUAUCUGGAGGUUUUGGAGUCGACUAAAGAAACUCCAGACCUAGGGGUCUCUAAGUCAAGUUCCAUCUCGGAGGAGAUAUAUGAUGAUGUCGAGUACUCCAGGAAAGAGGUACCGAAGCUGAACUACUCUAGCUCAUUUGCCUCAAAUAGUGAAGAAAAUAGAGAACUGUAUGAAGAUGUCUACAAAACAAAGAACAACUACCCAAAGAUAGAUUUAGAUGGAAAAGAAGCAUUCAAAAGACUGCAGCAAUUCUUCAAGAAAGAAAAGGAUAGAUUUAAAAUAAAGAAAACCAAGUCAAAAGAAAACUUAAGUGCAUUUUCCAUUUUGCUGCCUGAUUUAGAACUUAAGUCUCAGGAAGUUAUUAUCUAUGAUGAUGUAGACCUGAGUGAAAAAGAGUCAAAAGAUGAAGAUAAACUGAAAAUGUGGAAGCCCAAGUUUCUGACACCAAAGGAAAAAAAAGAGAAAAACGGUGCUGAAGAAUCAGAAAGUUUCUCUCCUAGAAAUUUCUUCAAAACCAAGAAGCAAAACUUAGAAAAGAACAGAAUGAAAAGAGAAGAAAAACUAUUUAGAGAAAUGUUUAAGUACGACAAAGAGAUUAUUGUCAUCAACACAGCAGUGGCCUGUUCCAAUAAUUCAAGAAAUGGAAUAUUUGAUUUGCCAAUAAGUCCUGGAGAAGAAUUGGAAGUCAUUGAUACCACCAAACAAAAUCUAGUGAUAUGUCGUAAUUCUAAAGGCAAAUAUGGAUAUGUGCUCAUUGAACAUCUAGAUUUCAAGCAUCAAAGUUGGUCACCUUAGAAAGAUCAAGAUCAAAUGCUAUGGACUGCACGAGGGAGAACUAGUCCUAAGAUCCUAGUCGUGCGUUACAUCAGUUUCAGUUUACAUGUCAAAAUUUUGAGAUGGUGGAAUCUGUGGAAACUUUCGUUCUGAACUUAAAAGAGAAAAAUAAAAACAAAUCCUCAACAUUUAGAUGUUGGUUUUACUCCUAAAAGGUUAUCUUUCAAUGUCUAUUUCAGUAUCUACUUCACUGCCAGUUCAAGAGAAUGUGAAACAGUAUGUGUUAGCAUUUGAGCACUUAUUUAAUGAGCCAUAUCCAAAGUUAGAAAUCAUGCCUUAUGGCACCUAGUCAGUUGUGCAGAUGGUUAGUUUGCUUCUAAUAUUAGUACAUGAGCAUUUGUAAUUUCUAGAUGUUGUGCAUUCAAACUUGGUAUAAUUUAAUUCUGAACAGUAAACAGUGUAACCAAGGUCUUUUAAAUACUCAAGUUUAAGGUAUAAUCUUAAUUAAUUAUGGCUCAGUCUUUAAAAAAGUAUAAAUGUCCUUUUACUCUAUCACAAAAAUAAACUCAUAUGAAUACUGUUCCACAUUUGUUUCUUUUGGGAAUAGUUUGCAGAAAAAUAAUUUAUUCCUAAAUUCACCCAUCAUUUUAAGAAGUGCCCAAAUGUAUUUAACAAAAUAAUAUAUAUGCCGUAUUACUUUAAAACAUCUUUUUGUCCAAAAUAAGAACAAUUGUCAUUAUUUUGUCUAUGCCCAAAUAACUAUUCAAAUAAUAGCAUUCAUAUGUACUUUCAUUUAUAUGGAAUUAAAUAAAAAUUUAAAAGCUGACAUCUAUUCUGUUUUUUAAAUGAGGUGCACUGCAUGUCAAUAAGAGAAAUAAAUUCUACAUAUGCAUUUAACAGUUUCAAA